AAAUUGCAUAUAUAUGGUUAUCAUGCACAAAAAAGGAAAUCUUUGAUGGUCGCACCAAAGUAACAAUAAAAAAACUGAUCAUCUCCUUUUCUUUUGUAGCCAGUAACCUAUUCCGCAGUAUCCGCUUCAGCCAAUGACAAUACCACAAUGUCACCUCAUCACAAGCUAUCUACAUAUGAUACUAUCAAAUUAAGUUUGGCCUUUUGUAUACUGUGGUUUUUAGCAAAUUAUACAACCAAUGCCAGUCUUGCCUACACUACCGUUGGCAGCAGCACCAUCUUGGCUUCCAUGUCGGGUCUCUUUACUUUGGGUAUUGGUGCCAUGUUCAAGGUGGAAAAGCUGAAUCUUAUUAAAAUCAUGGCUGUAUUUAUUAGUUUAAUAGGCGUAUCACUUGUUUCUUACUCGGAUCAUUUGAGUGGAGAUGAGCAAGAAGAUGACCAACCACUUCUGACCACGAUACCUGCACCCCUGAUUGGUGAUAUUCUUGCUUUAUUAGGCGCUAUCUUUUACGGAUGCUACACGACUUUAUUGAAAUUGAGAAUUGGAAGUGAAGAUAGAAUCGACAUGUCAUUGUUUUUUGGAUUUGUGGGAGCUUUUAACGUCUUGUUACUUUGGCCUGUGAUACCAUUAUUGCAUUACAUUGGUCUUGAAACAUUUGAAAUCCCUGCCAGUCCCGUCUUAUGGAUAGUCAUCUUGUUGAAUGCGUUCAUUGGUACAUUUUUGUCUGAUUACUUGUGGUUAUUAUCCAUGUUGAUGACUUCACCACUCGUGGUUACUCUUGGCAUCUCCCUAACCAUACCACUUGCUUUGAUUGGCGAUAUCUUUUUCAAGGGACUUAUCCCCAGCGUUCGAUAUUCUAUUGGCGCAGUUCUGGUGAUUGCCGGAUUUUUGGCUGUGAAUACGGAUGCGAUGAAUGAAGCCAAAGAAAAAAGCCAAGAGGAUUUAUUACGAGAAUUAUAAAAAAAAAAAGAAAAAGUUUUUUUUUUAUAGAAAGCCUACUACAUAAAAAUCAUACCCACACUCACAAAUACAUACACUCAUACACAACAUUCACACUUAUACAAACAUCCUUCAUUUUCAACGCAGACCUGUAUAUUCUAUUGUAAAUAGAAUUUUGAAGUAACAACCCUCCAGUCUUUUUAGGUAUUGGACCUUUAAAUCUCUUUCUAUUUUUUUUUUUUUUUGGAGGGAGGGACCAACAUACACGACAUAUUUCAACACGCUUUUUUCUCGCAAAUUACAUUUAUUAACAACUUGGACGAAAUCCCUAAUACGAAUAAACUUUUUUUUAUUUUAUCAAGUUAUCUCGACAUCAUGACCGAAUUAAACCUGUAAAACAUGUUUGGAUUGCGCAUUUGUUUUAACUUACAGGCCUAUUUACA